AUGUCCUCCUCAUCACAAUUCAAACAAUUGGAAAAAUUAGGUAAUGGUACGUACGCCACAGUAUACAAAGGACUAAAUAAGACCACGGGUGCUUAUGUGGCUUUGAAGGAAGUGAAGCUGGAUUCGGAAGAAGGUACACCUUCUACCGCGAUUCGUGAAAUAUCAUUAAUGAAAGAAUUGAAACAUGAGAACAUUGUUAGAUUAUACGAUGUCAUCCAUACUGAGAAUAAACUGACUUUGGUCUUUGAAUAUAUGGACAACGAUUUGAAGAAAUAUAUGGAUUCAAGAACUGUGGGAAACUCACCUCGUGGUUUAGAAUUGAAUUUAGUGAAAUACUUCCAAUGGCAAUUAUUGGAAGGUUUAGCCUUCUGCCACGAAAAUAAGAUUCUACAUCGUGAUUUGAAACCACAGAAUCUUCUAAUUAAUAAGAAAGGUGCCUUGAAACUAGGAGAUUUCGGAUUAGCUCGUGCGUUUGGAAUCCCAGUGAACACAUUCUCAAGCGAAGUGGUCACAUUAUGGUAUCGUGCCCCCGAUGUUCUAAUGGGCUCAAGAACUUACUCAACGUCGAUUGAUAUUUGGUCAUGUGGGUGCAUAUUGGCUGAAAUGAUCACGGGAAAGCCUUUGUUCCCAGGUUCCAAUGAUGAGGAACAGUUGAAAUUAAUCUUCGAGACUAUGGGAACCCCCACGGAAGCUACCUGGCCUGGUGUAUCAGCAUUGCCCAAAUACAAUCCAAAUUUCCCUCAAAGAUUACCAAAGGACCUAAGAAUGGUACUUCAACCUUAUUGCAAAGAACCUCUUGACGAUAAUGUCAUUGAUUUGUUGCAUGGAUUGCUACAAUUGAACCCGGAUAUGAGAUUGAGUGCAAAGCAGGCAUUGCACCAUCCAUGGUUUGCAGAAUACUACCAACACUACACUCCAGCGCCACCCUCCUCUUAG